GGCAGCGGCUGGGGGCUCCAUCCCACGCAGAGGACGGGGGCCUCUGCAGCCCCUUCCCCCUGUCCCAGCUGGCUGAAGCCUCCAGGGCAACCAGAGCAGCUGUGGGCCAGGAGACCUCUCCUGCCCCCCAGGAUGGACCCCUUCGCGGACACCCUGCGGCGGCUGCGGGAGGCCUUCGGCUCAGGGCGGACGAGGCCAGCUGAGUUCCGGGCGGCGCAGCUCAAGGGCCUGGGCCGCUUCCUGCGGGACAACAAGCAGCUUCUGCAGGAGGCGCUGUUGCAGGACCUGCACAAGUCAGCCUUCGAGGCAGAGGUGUCUGAGAUCAGAAUCAGCCAGAUCGAGAUUGACUUGGCCCUCAGGAAUCUGAGGGCCUGGAUGAAGGAUGAGAAAGUGCCCAAGAAUCUGGCCACACAGCUGGACUCAGCCUUCAUCCGGAAGGAGCCCUUCGGCCUGGUGCUCAUCAUUGCCCCCUGGAACUACCCUGUGAACUUGACCCUGGUGCCCCUGGUGGGUGCCCUCGCUGCAGGGAACUGCGUGGUGCUGAAGCCAUCGGAGGUCAGCAGGAGCACCGAGAAGAUCCUGGCUGAGGUGCUGCCCCGAUACCUGGACCAGAGCUGCUUUGCCGUGGUGCUGGGAGGGCCCCAGGAGACCGGGCAGCUGCUGGAGCACAAGUUUGACUACAUCUUCUUCACGGGGAACCCCCGAGUGGGCAGGAUCGUCAUGGCUGCCGCCGCCAAGCACCUGACACCCGUCACGCUGGAGCUGGGGGGCAAGAACCCCUGCUACGUGGACGACGACUGCGACCCCCAGACCGUGGCCAACCGCGUGGCCUGGUUCCGCUACUUCAACAGCGGCCAGACCUGCGUGGCCCCCGACUACGUCCUGUGCAGCCCGGACACGCAGGAGCGGCUGCUGCCCGCCCUGCAGAGGGCCAUCACCCGCUUCUACGGCGAGGACCCCCGGAGCUCCCCGAGCCUGGGCCGCAUCAUCAGCGAGAAGCACUUCCGGCGGCUCCGGGGCCUGCUGGGCUGCGGCCGCGUGGUCAUCGGCGGCCAGAGCGACGAGAGCGACCGCUACAUCGCCCCCACGGUGCUGGUGGACGUGCAGGAGACCGAGCCGGUGAUGCAGGAGGAGAUCUUCGGCCCCAUCCUGCCCAUCGUGAACGUGAGGAGCCUGGACGAGGCCAUCGACUUCAUCAACCGUCGGGAGAAGCCCCUGGCCCUGUAUGCCUUCUCCAACAGCAAUCAGGUGGUCAAGCGAGUACUGGCCCAGACCAGCAGCGGGGGCUUCUGCGGGAACGACGGUUUCAUGCACAUGACCCUCACCAGCCUGCCUUUCGGAGGAGUGGCCCAUUUUACAGACGGGGAAACGGAGGUCCUACUGUGUGUGAUCGGCAGAGCCCAGGUGUGUCCGACAUGCUCCCAGCUGGCUGCCGCGGGGCUGACUGCCGUGUCCCAUGCCACCGUACAGGUGCCAGUGGGAUGGGCAGCUACCACGGCAAGUUCUCCUUCGACACCUUCUCCCACCACCGUGCCUGCCUGCUGCGCCCGCCCGGGCUAGAGAAGAUCUACUCCCUCCGCUACCCGCCCUACUCGCCUCGAAACCUGAGGAUGCUGCUGGUGGCCAUGGAGGCCCGCAGCUGCAGCUGCACCCUGCUCUGAGCCUGGCUCACACCUGUGAGUCUGCUGCCCCUGCCACCUGCAGCCAGUGCAGAUGUGCCUGAGGCUCACAUCCGAGGAGGAAAAGACCACAGCCCAGACCAGUGCCUGCCCUCGUCCCCCCUGGGGCUUCUCUCUGUGAGCCCUCAGCCUCUUCCUCCCUCAACUGCCCCCCAGCUAGGACAGGCCAAGGCAAGGGAGCAUGGGAAACAAUGCGGUAACCCGCUUCCCUGCCCCCACACUAGCCACUCGAGUCCCGGGAGAGGCCAGGAGAUGUGGACACCUCUGAGCCACCCUCCUUCCCGUGGAGGAUGCAGAAGGGGCCCUGGCAUCUGGUCCAGGUCACACCAUGGACCUGCAGCGGCCUUAGGCCCUGGGCAGAAAUCCCUGCCCUCCCUGACUUUGUUUCCCUGUCUGUACAGGGGAGGUGAUAACUAUCAGCACCUCCAGAGAUCACUGUGAGGAUUAAAUUUUGGAGUUCAAUAAUAAAUGAGCUGUGGAUCCCAGGCUCCAGGCAUCCUGUCUCCUCCUUUGGGUGGGGCCAGUCUGUCCCCUCUCAGGCCUCUCAGGAGUUCUGGGCACAUUCCUGCCCCCCCCCCCCCAAUGGCUGGCCCUGGGUGCCUUCCCUUCA